AUGCCACGGGCCCAUGAACAGGAUGAUGCUGAUGAGCUAUAUCAGAACAACUCCUUAUCUUGGCUGGCAUGUGGUGCCCUCUCACUCCUUGCCAACGGCUGGAGCAUCCUGAGCCUAGCAAGCCGUGGAGGCAGUGGCCAACGUCCGCGCCCUUUGGAGCUUCUUCUCUGUCUUCUAGCUGGAACUCAUUUGUUGAUGGCAGCUGUGCCUCUGUCCUUGUUCUCUGUGGUACAGCUCAGACGUAGACACUCACCGGGUUACGAAUGGAAUGAGGGUCUCUGCAAGGUAUUUGUGUCAACGUAUUACACGCUGGCAUUGUCUACGUGCCUAACUGUGGCAUGCCUCUCCUAUCACCGGAUGUGGAUGGUCCGGUGGCCUGUCAGCUACCGACUGGGUGGUGCCCGGAGACAAGCUCUGCAGGGGGCACUUGGUAUCUGGGCUGCCUCGUUUGUUUUGUCUACACUCCCUUCCAUUGGUUGGCAUGACAAUGCACGACGGUUUUACACACGUGGGUGCCAUUUCCUAGCGAGUCGCAUUGGUUUGGGAUUUGGGCUCUGUUUUCAACUGCUGCUCUUGGGUGGGGUGGGUACAGGGUUAGGGUGUCUUGGGGUGACUUUGUACCAUGCUUGUUGUUGCCCUGCAUCUGGGCAGAGAGGGGCGAGUGAAGGAGGCCCCGAGGGAAAGCUGGAAGUUCCAGCCAUCGUGGUGCAGGACGCCCAGGGAAAGAGGCGCUCAUCACUGGAUGGGUCAGAGUCACCACGGACAGCAGCACAGGUCACCGGACUGGUUGGGGGAAUUGUCCUGCUGUAUGAUGCCCUGACUGGGCUACCAAUACUGGUAGGUUUUGCAGGGUUUAAGAUGGGUUCUAUAGUGUGAGAUAACCAGAAUUAUGGAGUGAGAAUUGUGGAAAUCAAUUUUAGUGAGGCAGAGCUUAGCAAACUAUAUCAGGGUGGGUAGAUGUGUAGAUAUCAGAAAGGGUGUUAUUGAGUUAGAUUUGUAAAAAUCAGAGAUAGGGAAAUAAUCCUAGGGAGCUAGAGCUGUAAAAACAGUGUUAGAUUUCUUUCUGAAAAUAAUUACUGUUGUGCAUCACGUGCAUAUUUCAAUUUGGACUUUCGGCACAGAAACUUGACAAACGAACAAAGACAGGCAUUGUGUGCCAGACUUCCCCAGGCAUUUAUUCAGGUACCCUUAGCAAUGGGUUAUCAAUCAAAACAAUUGAUUAAAAUCCAAAAGGACCAGUUUCAACCUUUAAAGUCUCAUCAGCAUAGUCAAGUUGAAGGCUCUCUGAUACAGUGGCAGAGCCAGAGACUGAUCUCGGGAGGGGCACUUUUAUAUUAUUUAAAUAAAUAAUCCAUGCACAAUAACCACUACAGCUCUGUGUAGUGGUUAUGGUGCCGGGACCCCCUCCCAGAGUAAGUAGUCAAACCAUUUAAUAACAAUUUGACAACUUACCUGGGAUCUGCUGGGAUAUGGGGCUGUAGUAGGGCAUAGGAGCAGUGGUGUAACGUGAGGGGUGCAGUGUGUGUGUGUGUGGGGGGGCAGUGUGUGUAUGGGGGGCAGUGUAUGUGUGUGUGGGCAGUGUAUGUGUAUGGGGGGGUAGUGUAUCUGUGUGGGGGGGCAGUGUAGGUGUGUGGGGGGGCAGUGUAUGUGUGUGGGGGGGCAGUGUGUGUGUGUGUGGGCAGUGUGGUCCUCUCUCCCUCCACCGCCGCCUGCCAGCACGGUGCCUGCGGACUGGGGAGGGAGAUCUGUGAUCUCCCCUCCGGUCCGCAGGCACAUUGCAGGGCUGGCACUUGGAUAAUGCCAGCCCAGCAUUAGCUGGCAGGGGAGAAUCUCGGGGAGGGUAUUGCCCCCUGGAUCCGCCAAGGCUCUGAUAAAAUAAAAAUAGGUGCCAAAAAGUUUGUGGUGAGUCCAAACACCCCACAGCACAAACAGAAAAUAAUACUGUUGUGCAACACUUGCAUAUCUCAAGUUAUAUUCUGGAGAGUCCCCCCUGGACACAGAAAAUUGGGAAAUCAUGUUUCCACAACUAUCCCAGAGUCCCCAGCUUGACAUUCAAAAGAACACAGAAAAGCUUCAUGUUCUAGACUGCCCCUUGUAUUUCUGCAGGUACCGGGUGUUUCUAUUUGAACCAGGUUCCAGGUAUGGUAGAAACCAAGGUUGGUGAUUAGUGGUUGGUAUUAAUCUGUGAGAGUGAGUUGGGUACAUAAAUCAGAGAUUGGGUUAGUAAACCAGAUAUAACUAGCAGAGUUAGAUUUGAAUAAAAAAUACUAGUGAAUUUAACUUUAUUGAAAUAGUGUUAGUAAGUUAUAUUUAUAAUACAAUCUAAUUGAGAAUUGGUUUAAUAAUCCAGAAGCAUUGAAUUAACUCUACAUAAACAGUGGCAGCGACAUACAUUUAAUAACCCAUAUUAGCAGGUUUCUAUAGUAAGAUGGGCUGAGUUGAUUUUUACCCUCCUUUGUUCUCUUAUACUGCUCUCAGUUCUCUCAUACCUCUUUCAGCCCUCUCAGUCAUCUCGUACUCCUCACUGUCCUCUCUUACCCCUCUCUAUCCCCUCAUACCCCUUUCUGUACCUUAAUAACCCUCUUAGCCCUCUGAUUCCCCAUUCUGUCCUCUCUUACCCCUCUCUGUCCUCUCGUACCCCUCUCUGUCCACUCAUUCUGCUCUCUGUCCCCUCAUACCCCUCUCUGUCUCUUAAUACUCCUCUUUGCCCUCUCAUAUCCCUCUCUGUCCUCUCUUACCCCUCUCUGUCCUCUCUUACCCCUCUCUGUCCCCUCAUACCCCUCUCAGUCCACGCAUUCUGCUCUCUGUCCUCUCUUACCCCUCUCUGUCCCCUUAUACCUCUCUCUGUUCUCUCGUACCCCUCUCUGUCCCUAAUACUCCUCUCUUUCACCUCUCUGUCCUCUAUUACCCCUCUCUGUCCUUUUGUAACCCUCUUAGACCUCUCAUACCCAUCUCUGUCCACUUAUUCUGACUCGCUUUUCCCUCAUACCCCUCUCUAUCCACUUAUUCCCCUCUCUGUCCACUCAUUCCCCUCUCAAUCCUCUCUUACCCCUCACUAUCCUCUCUUACCCCUUACUAUCCUCUCUCACCCCUCUCUUUCCACUCAUACCCCUCUCUGUCCACUCAUACCUCUGUCUUUCCACUCAUUCCCCUCUCUGUCCCCUCAUUCACCUCUCGGUCCCCUCAUACCCCUCUCUGUCCACUCAUACCUCUCUCUGUCCACUCAUUCUGCUCUCUGUCCACUCAUACCUCUCUCUGUCCACUUAUUCUGCUCUCUGUCCACUCAUGCCACUCUCUGCCCCCUCAUGCCUCGCUCUGUCCACUCAUACCCCUCUCUGUCCCCUCAUACCCCUCUCUGUCCCCUCAUGCCUCUCUCUGUCCACUCAUUCUGCUCUCUGUGCCAUCUUAUACUCUUCUCUAACUUCUAAUACCCUUCUGUGUCCUCUCAUCCAUCUCUUUAUCCCACUAUGCCCUGUCUUAGAAUCGAUGUGUCCAUUUAUACCCCUCUCUGUUCUCUCUUAUAAUCUCUGUGUCCUCUCAUUAUCCUCUCUGUCCCCUCUCACACCCUCUGUGUUCUCUCAUAGCCCUCUCUGUCCUCUCUUGUACCCCCUGUGUCCUGCCAUGCCCUUCUCCCUGUCCUAUCCUCUUAUAUUUCACACUUUCCCUUCACAGCCUUUUCGGAACUCUGUCCUCUGGUCCUCUUUCCCUGUCCUUUGACCCCCUCUCUCUGUUCUUGUACACCCCUCUCUGUUCUCUGAUGCAUUUUCUCUGUCGACUCAUAUCCCUCUCUGUCCUCUCAUAUGCCUCUAUGUCCUCUUUUAGUCCUCUCUGUACUCACAUAUCCCUGCGUGUCCUCUUAUACCCCUCUUUGUUCUCUUAUACCUUUUUGUGUCCUCUCAUACCCCUCUCUGUUCUCUUACACCCCUCUAUGUCCUCUUAUAUCCAUCUCUGUUCUCUCAUUGCCCUCUCUGUUCUCUAAUACCCCUCUAUGUCCUCUUAUAUCCAUCUCUGUCCUCUCAUUGCCCUCUCUGUUCUCUAAUACCCCUCUAUGUCCUCUUAUAUCCAUCUCUGUUCUCUCAUUGCCCUCUCUGUUCUCUAAUACCCUUCUAUGUCCUCUUAUAUCCAUCUCUGUCCUCUCAUUGCCCUCUCUGUUCUCUAAUACCCUUCUAUGUCCUCUUAUAUCCAUCUCUGUCCUCUCAUUGCCCUCUCUGUUCUCUAAUACCCCUCUAUGUCCUCUUAUAUCCAUUUCUGUCCUCUCAUUGCCCUCUCUGUUCUCUAAUACCCUUCUAUGUCCUCUUAUAUCCAUCUCUGUUCUCUCAUUGCCCUCUCUGUUUUCUAAUACCCCUCUAUGUCCUCUUAUAUCCAUCUCUGUCCUCUCAUUGCCCUCUCUGUUCUCUAAUACCCCUCUAUGUCCUCUUAUAUCCAUCUCUGUCCUCUCAUUGCCCUCUCUGUUCUCUAAUACCCUUCUAUGUCCUCUUAUAUCCAUCUCUGUCCUCUCAUUGCCCUCUCUGUUCUCUAAUACCCCUCUAUGUCCUCUUAUAUCCAUCUCUGUCCUCUCAUUGCCCUCUCUGUUCUCUAAUACCCCUCUAUGUCCUCUUAUAUCCAUCUCUGUACUCUCAUUGCCCUCUCCCUUACCUGUAAUACUCCUGUAUAUAACAUCUCAAACACCUUUACUGGCACUGCAUUUAUUUAUUCCAUCUCUUUCUUCAUUUGUUUGCCCCUGCUAAUGUCCUCUUUCUAUUGCCUCAUACAUCGAUCUGCCCUAUUAUACUAUCUCUCAAGCCUCACUUACCCCCCUGGCCUCUCAUAUUUCUCUAUAUCCUCCUCUUAGAUCUCUCUUGGCAUUUAUACUUCUCUCUCUCUCCUCUACCCUGCACUAUUAUUUCAUACUCCCCCACUUACCUCUCAUACCCCUUACAGUCAAGCCCUACAGUCACCAUCUCUAACAGAUGUUAAAGCUAGUUCCUAUAUGUAUCAGUUAACAUGUACAAAAGCUGUGAUAUCAGUAAUUCACAAUUAUAAUAUACUCAUGCAAAUGAUUGUGAGAGUGAAUACAAUGGCAUGCCCAAUAUAGAGGUCUUUAAAGCAUACUACAAUCCAACAUCUGUUGGGCUUUUAUAGAAAUUCGGGCUAAUCUUGGCCAGAUGUUUAUGAACUCCAAUACCCAUGAUGCUAAGUCAGUUUGAAGGCUGUUUUAUGUGACUACAGCUUACUUAUGUGAUACACAUCAAAUCAUUCGAUUUCAAUAACGCACUCUGCAAGAAACAAUUUAAUGAGGCUCUCCACGAAUAGAACCAUGACUCCACGUAGUAAAAGCAACGCCAUCUGGUGCAUUCAGUAAAUGUAAAAUGUACAGAUAUACUAAAUGAUAUCCUUGCAUGGGGUGUUCAUUCAUUUAAUCAUAUGUAGCUCUCAAAUAAACAUUUUCUAUUAUAAAAUAUAAAGAACAAAAUCAUCAAGAAAUAUAUAAUAUAUAUAAAAAUAUAUGUCAGUAUCUCAUUUUAAAUCAUUUAGAACCUUACUAAAUUAUUAUGACAAGGGUGGUGAUAAAUAUCUGCUUGGAGACUGCCCUGAAUCAAUCGCCAUCAUACCUAAAACAGUCAUGUUUUUUUUGUUUUUAGAGAAUUGGCAUAGGAAUUGCAAAUCAUAUGCUAAAAUAACUGAGCUGAAUAAAAAGCUGAAUAGAAAUCUUUUUUCAAUGUGUAUUUUUACCUAAAUCAUGCGACUCCUUUGUCAGUUCUCUACCGUUCACAGUUCAGUGAAUAAACCCCACAUAGUUAUCUGUCACAUAAAACUAAUCCCAAUUCCAGCUUUUGUGCCAGAGACCCAGCAGGAGAUUUAGUGUGACCUGUUAAAACUCUUUGAUGCAUCUCUUCUUUUCAAUUACCAAAAUGUUGGCUUCUUUAUUUUUUAUAGGAGGGCUAUAGUGAAACUACUAGGGGUGAAUGACCAGCACAGUACAAAUUAAUGGAAAAUAUGUGGGGUAUUUGGUGGUAUUUUUUAUGACAGUAGUUCAGCGUUGAAAGAAAAGGAUUAAAGGCCGCUGACUGUCCAAGCUAUCAGAAGCUAAACCCGUCACUACCACAAAUCAUAUGAAACCCUAUUGGAUGGCUCUAAGGUCUCUAUUAUUAUUAUUGUUAUUAUGUAUAAAGUGCCAAUAAAUUCUGUAGAGCUGUACAAUGGGUGGACUAACAGACACGUAUUUGUAACCAGACGGAACAUAGGGUGUCGAGGGCCCUGCUAAAAUGAGCUUACAUGCUAGAGGGAAUGGGGUAUAGUGACAUCAGAGGUAAGAGAAGAAGGCUAGGCUGCUAGAAUAGUAUUCAUGGAGGGCUUUGUGGUUUUUUGUUUUUUUAUGACAGUUGCAGGAGAGGGAUUGAAGUGCUGUUAGGGAAAGCUAUUAACUGUUUAAUUGAUAUGCUUUCCUGAAGAAGUGAGUUUUCAAUGAUUUUUUUAAGGAAUGGAGCCUGGGUGAGAGUCUAACGGAGAAGGGUAGGAAUUUCCACAGGAACGGUGCAGCCCUAGAGAAGUCUUAUAGAUGAGCAUCACAGGUGGGAGUACAAAUAGAGGAUAGACACCCAUAUUAUUAUUAUUUUUUAUUUCUUUUUAUUUAUAUAGCGCCAGCAAAUUUUAUAGCGCUAUAUGGGACAUAGCUGUGUAUUAUGGAGGAAAGGUUGGUAGAAGCAGCGUUAUAUCGAGGUUUGUAGGCAAGUACCAGUAUUUUAAAUUGAGCCCUAUUUAUUACAGGAAGCCAAUGUAGACACUGACAGAGGGGGAGGUGUGGGUGGACAGAAAGAUGAGCCUCGCCUCCGCUUUCAUUAUAGACUGUAACAGGGCAAGUUGGGAACAAGUAAGACCACUGAGAAGCAGAUUGCAGUAGUCAUGCUGAGAGAGGACCAAUACCUUAGCUGCAUAUAUAAGAAAUGGUGGAAGUGCACUCAACCCUUUAUCCAGGAAUCUGGUGCUCCAAUGGAUAAGUCCCAGUACCAAGAAAGGACCAAAUAUAAAAUUAUUAAUAGUAGAAAGUAAUCCAGGCACUCCAAUGAAUUCCAAAAUUAUAGGCAAUUUAUUAGAACCAGGAACUACACAGCAACGUUUCAACCCCUCAGGGUCUUUAUCAAGCUUGCAACGUUUCAACCCCUCAGGGUCUUUAUCAAGCUUGCAACGUUUCAACCCCUCAGGGUCUUUAUCAAGCUUGAUAAAGACCCUGAGGGGUUGAAACGUUGCUGUGUAGUUCCUGCUUCUAAUAAAUUGCCUAUAAUUUUGGAAUUCAUUGGAGUGCCUGGAUUACUUUCUACUAUUAACAAUACCUUAGCUGCAUCAGGCGUUACAUAGGGGUGGAUGUGCUAUGUGUUUUUGAGAUGGAAGCAGCAGCAUUUGGCGAUCAACUGGGAAAUGAGGGGUGAAGGUGAGGUUGGAGUCAAAGAGAACAGAUAUAUAACAAGUGGUGACCCAAUAUUGUAAUCCUUCAAACAGAUUGAGUCGUUAGUAUUAAAGGAGGGCCUAAUCCUUAUUAAUCCAAGUCUCCUAUUCCCAUAUGUCUCACCUAUCUCUGGGUACCCAUGGAGCCAGGAGAUUUCAAAGCCGUGGCCAUCUAAAAAUGAUUAAAGAAAUAGGGGUAAAUAAGGAAAUAUAUUAAUUUUAAUAUUAAUUUGUGUUUCAGAAACGGAGGUGGGUUUGUUACUUAUUAACUCGGUGGUCCAAAGUUUGACCUCUCCUAGCCCAGUGCAUAUGCAAUGCCUAUGCAUUGGCACACACAAUGGGAUGAAUAGGCAGGGGUAUUCAUUGACCCUUGCUACUGUUGCUAAUGUUAAUAUAUAAAUAAUGCCCAACAUAUUACUAGACAACCUAUUCUUUCUAGUCUUACUCAGUUAUGCCCUCUAGUGGUUUCAAGCCUAUGUUUAUGAGCAAGCCUUAAUAGGAGUGCCACUGUCUGUCCUCUCGAGUUCUAAUACAAACUCCUUUCAUUUAUUAAUGCUUUGUUUAAUUCUUGUCCUAAAUAGCUUCUUAAAUGAAUAAAUACAUCAUUAUUAUUAAUUUGUUCAAUUAUGCUUACCUGGCAAAAUUAUUUUAGAUUCUGUAAUUGCAUUUUAGCGAUUUAAUACGCUUAGCUGAAUGUUUUCUAUCAUUGGUCUUUAGAUUAGUUGUAUCUGUUUGUCUUAACAAAAAGAUCAAUUUCAAUCUAUUGUUCCUAAAUCGUUGUACCUGUGUGGCUUUGUUCUUUCUCCAUAUAAAUCAUUGUAGACGUAAUCCAGGGAGAGAUGGAAUUAAGGUUUUUCUAGUAACAGAUUACAUGGAAUUAAGAUCUUCCAGUAACAAAUUCAUUCUUCCCCAACAAUUCCCAGAACACAGUGAACAUACUAUGAAAUAUCUGUAAGGCUAAACCAUAGACUGUUAGGGUAUAUGGAGUACACUUUGGAAUCCAUUAGGCUAAGUGGAGUCUAUGAUGUACAAUUAUAUUUUCAAACAAGAAGUACUACAUUUAAAUUACUAGAUUUAGCACGUUUAAUAAUGCCAUUCCAUGAUUUAUAUGAAUUAAUACUGGCUCAGUAUUCCCCCGUCAGAUCACUUUAUGUGCAACUAACAGACACAAAUACUCUAUUUCUACCAUGAAAAAAGUACAGAAAUUUUAGGUAUCAACCUCUGUUACCCAUGUAAAAAAUAUACCAUAUGUAGCCAAUGUAUUACCAAUAUUAUAACAGAUAAUAAUAUAACCAAGGUAUAACCCAUAUAAUAACAGGUUAUAAUAUACCUGUAUGCAGCCAAGGAUUCACCAGUGCUAUAAAAUAUUAUAUAAUAUAUAACCCAGGAAUGACCCAUAUUAUAAGUAAUAUUAUAACUGGUAUUACGGUUAUAAGAUAAAGUAAUACAGGUAUUCCCCAGAGAAUACACAAGUUAUAUAAAGUAAUAACAUAAUAGUUGUAAGCAAUGCUAUUUCUGACAUUUAUCUGAAUAUAAAUAGUAUUUUGUAAAUGUGCUCUGAUGGUCUUUAAUUAUAAUCAUGGGUCCGCUCUUGUCAAAUUAGUUGGCACACAUCAAGAUUGUCCAUGCUUGCCCAGUGGGUCCACACCUGCCCUUAAUGUGAGCACAGCAGGAUUAAUUGAUAACUUCUUUAGAAUUUAAAGAUAAGGAACAGUAACGUUCAUGUUGAUUAAAUGCAUUUCUGCAAAUUAACAUAUAGUAUUGUCUUCUAAAUGUGGAAAAAGCUCAGUAUUCCCUUCUAUGUCCAAAGGUAGAUCUACCUUAAAUCACUGAAAGGUUGCCUGGAAUUUGAACCCUCCAGCCUUCCACGGGUUCCAAACUACAAAUUAUUCAGAAUUCUCUGCCAGCUGCUAGUUCCAGCUAACAGUAUUUCAACAACAUUUAGAGUAAGGAUGCCUAAUAGGUAGAUCCCUACAACUCUCAUGAUGUUUUGCAUGCCUUUAGAAUGACAAAUCCUCAUGGAAGCUGUAGUUUUAAAACAUCUGGAGAUCUGGGCAGUUAGAGGAACAAGUUUGAAAAUAUGAGGGUUAAACCAGCCACCCUGUAAAGUUCUUUCUUUCUUUCUUUCUUCCUUUCUUUUUCCUCUGUAAUGUUUAAUAAAUCCAAUACGAGCUGUCCUUAGUUCCAUUCACAUCAUGAUUCAAAGUUACAUCCUGUACAGGGUUUUUCGUUAAAGUGGACAAAAAUAACAAGACUAAAGGGUCAGGACAAUCCUAGGAGUCAAGAGGGUAAUAUGGGCAUAACCCAGUUUCAGAAUCUAAUAAUGAAAAAAGUGCUAGUGUUAGUGAAUAAAGCACUAGCUCCCUAUGCGUACCCUAUGGAUAGCUAGCUGCUUCAAGGCAACUGUAAGUUAAGAAUAUCUGGCUAGAUAGAAAACCCUAUUAAAAGAACUUGCCUAACAGCAGCGUCUUACUCGACAUGCCUUUCGGCACUAUGUUGCGCCUUUACCAAGAGUGUGAUUUCGGCACUUGGGUUUCACCCUUGAAAAACUGCUCUAGUUAUUCGUCAAAUUCAAAAGUCAAAGUGGAUUUCCAAAUUCCAGAGAAAAUAGCCAAACUGGAAAAUUUAUCCAGUUAAAUGUGUUUUUGGUCUGGUUAUUUUGGCCUUAAAGUUGAAUUGUGUUAGAUUUCACUCAAAAUCCAUAUUAAAAUAAUCCAAUUUCUCAAUGGCGAGAUUGAAUAGGUUUUGGAUACAUAUUACUUGCUUUGAGGUUGCACUUGUCUAAUUGUAUUUGCUGUAGAAAAUAUUGUUUGAUACACGUUACCUGACGAUACAUUUCUUGAUCACAUGCCAGAUCAAUUUAAAUGAUUACAUACAAAGAGUUUGUUUGACAAUGUCAAUAGGGUCACACUGUAAUGAUUUACUGACUAGCAGAAUAAAUCAGAGAGUAUCCAAGUCACAUCUAUUAUUACCCAAUCGCAUCUUUUCAGUCUUUAUACUGUUUUACUAAUCUCUACCCUGGGUUACUAUACUGUACGCUUAUUUCGCUCUGGUCUGGAUUCUUCCCAGGCUUCCUCAUUCCCCAUUAUGUACUGUGUUGCCAUCUUUGUUCUUUUUUCUCACAUUUCCUUUUUUGGCCACAUUUUGCCUUUCUGAUCUGGGAUUUUACCCUCUCUAUACUGUUUUCCCACCAUCAGCACUCUUGUACCCCUCUGUGUCCUUUUUUCCAUAUCUGGUCCUAUUUUGCCUUUCUCUGUCCAUCUUUUGUGUCUUAUCCCACCCUGUAUUCCCAAACUCUCUCCAAUCUAGCCUCUGAGUUCUUUUUUACCUUCUCUGUUCCCUAGAAUUGUCCUAUUUUAGCGCUCAUAUUCCAAUUUUCUUUCCCUAUUUUACUUUGCCUCUCUGUGUCCUCUUUUGUCAUUGUUAGUCUUGUUUUUGCCAGCACUCCUUCUCUAGCCUGAUUUACAACUCUUUGUCCUAUCUCAAGAAUCUCAUUCAUUGUAUUCCUUAUUUACGCUCUUCUCUUUAUUCUUCCUCACAUCUGUUUUAAUUAUUGUAACACUUAUGUUAACAAUCCCUUUCACAUAAUUGGUAGUUUUGCAGCAUAGACUGCUGUGGAACUGUUAACUUCAGAAUCUCUGCUGAGAGCAAAAAAUAGGAGCUGCUGGUCUGGUCUUGAUUGGGACAUUGAUAUACCAAGAUGGAGCCUUGCAAGAGCAGAGCUAUAGAUAUGGCAUAGAGCCUGGCAUAAGGAGAGCCUUAUUCAUAGUAUAGAGCCUGGCAUGGCUUAGCUUGAGUCUGAGACAUGGCAUAAAGAAUAGAUCUAGAGAAAUGGCACAGGCAUAGAGCCUAGCAUGGGUAUUAUCCUAUAGCAGGUGUAGGCAACCUAUUAGAUGUCCUUUUUUUAUUUUAAUUUUUUUAUUGAGGUGAGUAUGUUGAAAUAUUCUGCUUGUUUCAUUUAUGGGUGCUGUAGUUGCUGUGUAAAGAUGUAUAUGUGGGCUGUUAUAUUGUAUAUGUUCAUGAGAAGUUUGUGUGUAGAUGACAAAUCACAUUGUGUUUGGUGGUGUAUGUAUGUGUGGGGCUGCUUGUGGUAUUGCAUAUGAGAGGCUGCUUGUGGGAUUGUGUGCGUGUAUGUGGAUUGUCAGUGGUGUUGUUUGUUUGGACUGUGUAUGUGUUUGUAUUUGGGCUGUUUGAAUUAUUUGUAUGGAGUUGAGGCUUAUUUUGCAGCUCUGUCGGCUGGCCAGGUACAGGUCAAGGGCAGGAGCUGAGAUAGCUGAUGUGGGCUGCUAUACUCCAGGGUAGAUUCCAGUUCAUAAGUGCUUGGAUGAAGUGAUCUGAGAUCAACUGCAUUGCAUAAAUUGUAGAUUGAGCAUAACCACUGUGACAAACACCCUGUGGUCUGGUUGUUUGCCACGAGCUCCUGGAGGAGCAUGCUAGCCAACCUCCUGCCCCAGGAUUAUGGACCAUACAAAAAACCCUGUAAACUACUCUGUUCGUGUGAUUUCGGACUAUGUUGUUCGGGAACUGAACAACAGCAUGAACCAGAGACCACCAGGGAGCUUGUUACGCCCAACUGACACCUUGUUAAUAGUUCCACCACAGUGUUCUAAUUGUUUGUCUGGGUGGCCGCAAUUCGUAUGAACGACCAGAAGGUGGGGGCUAUCUUGUUCACGUGAACGCAGGCAUCAGUGUUUGGUCGUCGUGUUCAUGGAUCUAAAAUUGGACACAGAAACUCCUGAACACUUAUACGACUUAGAAGGGCACUGUUAAGUGGAAACGUUCCCACGAACAAGGUGAACGAGCUCCAGGGUAGAACUAUGGAUUCUGUUCGGUUGUUUGUUCAUUUUUAAACUACCGAACUUGACUGGCCUGUAUCACUGAUUUCAUGGAACUGUUUUGGGCAUAGGACCAUGUACAUGGUCGGUCAAAAUUAUGACUUCCAGGGAAAUUCCGAACCCCUGAAAUGAUCUGGGUGAUUUUUGGAUAUGUUGGUCAUCCAGAUCGGGGCUCUCAGGGGAUAUAACGUUUGUGGGAUUUUUAUGUGUUUUAAAGGUAUUUUGGGAGUUUUGUAAUAUUGUGUGUUUUUCUGUGCCUGGAGAUAAUUGAGUUAUAUCAGUUCCUGACUCGAUUAUCUCUCAGGCACAGAGAAGGAGUUUGUAACUUGUAAUUAGUCCUCUCUCAGGUCCGGGAGAGGGAUUAUCCUGUUUGUGUGGGAGUGUCAGGGGCGUGCUUAUCUGUGUCUGAAAUUGUAUAAAAGCAGGCCAUCUGGCCAGAUUAAAAUUCAUUCCAGCUUGUACUCCCAGAACUAUCUAGUUACUAGGAGGGGAAAGGGCUAAUCACUACUCCAGCUUGUUCCAGGUGGAAGAUCCAACAGGGAAAGUCCUUGUAAGCACUAGAGCUUCCAGGACUGAGUGUCGUCCAGUGCCUGGGAGUGGAUAGAGUGAAUUCCUCAUUCAGAUCCAGGACAGAGUGGUUCCAGGACCCUAGUCAAGUCACAGCGACUGGGGUCAGGAGUGUUGAGGUUUGUCCCCAGCCGGGGUACAAGGAGCUCCGUUACAACCACCUUUUUGCCUAGUAGAUAUCUGAAGUUCCACUGGGACUCCUGAUAGGCCAGAGCCUGUUUGGUUCUAGCAAUCUUGAGUGCUGUGCAAAGGCACCUAGAGUGCCAUGCAUGGCACACAUGCCAGAGGUUGUCUACCCCUGUCCUAUAGAGGUGCCGGAACAUGACACGUGACACAGCCUGGCAUGUACAAAGCCUGGCAUAUGACAUGUGUACUUGUCAUAUGCAUGUAUUAUGUUUGACACAAAUUCUGGUAUUCUCAUGAAUUAGUUUAUGGAAUUGAGACUGGCAUGUGUUCUGCUUGGCAUGUGUUAGUAUGUAAUGUGUGCAGAACUUGGCAUAGAACAUGGGAUGUGGCACAGAGCCUGAUAUAUCAUGUAGUGUCUGGUACAGGGUAUAUAAUCUGACAUAAAGGUGUCAUAGAGUAAGGUAUGUGAUAAAUAGCUAAAUAGAACCCAACUUGUACUGAAAACUCUAAGAGCUACAGGGCAUGGCAUAGAGUCUGCCUUAUAACGAACAGGCUGGCUUAGUGUCUGGCUUAUAAUGCACAGGCUGGCUUAUACUCUGGCUUAUAAUACACAGACUGGCUUAGAGUCUAGUACAUGAUGCAGUCUUACUUAGGGUCUAGUACAUGAUGCAGAGCCUGGUUUAGAGUAGGCACGCAUUGGAGAGCCUGGCAGGUGGUAAAGAGUACUUGGCCUAUGUUAAAGAUCGUGGUGACAUGCCAGGAACAUGAUUAUGCCAUCUGGCAUGUGAUAUAGAGCAUGGUAUGGAGUCUGGUAUGUGGUGAAAAAAAAUUGAAGUGCCCAUCAUGUGGUGUACGGCUUGGCAUACAGACUGCGACAGGCCCUAUUAUGGAAACUAGUGUGUGGUGAAGAGUCGGGUGAAGCACCUGGCAUGUGAUAUAAAGUUGAGAGAACCUUGUUUGGGUUUAGAGCUCAGUAUUUUCUGUAGAACCUCAUUAAUUCUGGCACAUAUUUUAGAGCCUAACAUAUAGUCUGGCAUGUGGUGAAGGCUGAGAGAGGUUACUUUUUUAUGACAUCACUUCUGUAAAACUUGCUGUCACUGCAGGAGAGAGGGACGUAUUAUAAUCUCACCACUUGACUCCUUCAUUUCAAAGAAAAAUGUGAAAAGAAACACAGUUCCUGCUGCAGAAAUUAAUUUGCGUCUGCUUCUUCUCCACUUAGUGAUAAUAAUGGUUUAAUAAGAAAUACAAUCUUGCUAACAGUGAAUGCAGAAUUGAACCAGCAGAUGGACUUGAUCAGCUGGAAUUAUCAGAUAAAUCCAUGAUGGAAGGAUUUCAUAGGGAGUUAGCGCCACAGCAACAUUUUACACAUUUUAUGCAUCUGUAAAUGUGUCCAAAGUGCAUGUGUAUCUACGCACUUCUGUUUUACGUCUCUUCCCCAUACACUUAUGAAGCAUUGACUGGGUUAAGAACAUUUCUUCAAUUUAAUCAGGAACAUGGCUAAGCAAUUGUGACUGUACACAUGGCCUGACAAAGACCCUAUAAUGGUCAUCCCUUUUUUAGGGUCUUUGUCAGGCCAUAUUUACAGUCACAAUUCAACCCUAUCUAAUAAAAAAACAUUUUAAAUAGAAAAGGGGAAGUAACUGUUACUGGGGUGAACUGUUUUAACACAUGAAAUAUCAAGCAACAUUAUGUUAUUUUUAUCAUGCAAUAUACAUGCAAUCAAGAACCCUAUUUUAUAUCAUUCUCGCCAUUUUCUUAUGUGUGAACCUAAAGGGAUACUAUAGUGUUAGGAAUACAAAGCUGUAUUCUUAACACUAUACUUCCCUCUGCCUCCUCACCCUCACAGCCAAUAAAGGAUUGAUAACCAUUUAUAAACUUACUCGAUUACAUCACCAAGGUCCCUCGGCACUGGGUCGACGAUCCGCCUCCUCCGACGUUAUCAGACAGGGGGUUAAUGUGCAGAUGUGCAUGCGUAUUGAGCACAUUAGGCCCACUCCAUUGGAAAGCAUCUAACCAAUGCUUUCUUUUAGAGAUUUUACUGACGCUGGAUGUCCUUACGCAGAGCGUCAGGCGACUUAAAGUCUGAUAAUAUCCAGGAAGCGACACUCGUGGCUGUCAGAUAGCAUCAUGGAUGUCAGAUAGACAUUGCAGGCCUAAGGGCAAUAGGGACACUGUACCCAGACCACUUCAAUGGGAUGAAGUGGUCUGGGUGAAUAUAGUUUCCCUUUAAUACACAAUGACAACAAAACAAAUGUUCUGUUUAUAAAUAAUACAAUAUAUAUAGAUAUUUAGAGGUGCAAAGGUUGAAUAUAAAAUAAGGAAGUAUUACUUUACUAAGAGGAUACUGGAUGCAUGACAUAGAAUUCCAGCUGAAGUGGUAGAGGUUAACACAAUGAAGGAGUUUAAACAUGCAUGGGAUAGGCAUAAGGCUAUCCUAACUAUAAGAUAAGGCCAGGGACUAAUGAAAGUAUUUAGAAAAUUGGGCAGACUAGAUGGGCCGAAUGGUUCUUAUCUGCCGUCACAUUCUAUGUUUCUAUAUAAGUAUAUAUAUAUACAGUGGCGGACUAAGGAGGGGGCGGUCCGCCCCGGGUGCCACCUGGUAGGGGGGUGCCUUGACCCUUGUCUUGGGGCUGGAGGGGGCUGUGUGAGCUGUGCCCCAUAGCAGCUGGGGUGUCGCACAGCUCACACGGAGACCAGCAAGCUUAAUUGGCCGCACGGGAGGAAGAAGGGGCGGAGUUACUGCCAUUCAGGGGUGGGGCGGGGCUUAACACGGCUCUUACAAGCUGCUGUUAAUGCUGCACAUGGUGGUGUGUGUGUGUGGCUGUAACUAUGUGUAUGACUGUCUGCCUGUGACUGUAUAUGUGACUGUCUGCCUGUAACAGUGUGCAUGACUGUGUGUAACUGCCUGUAACUGACUGUGUGUGUACAACUGUCUGGCUGUAAAUAUGUGUGUGUGUGUGUAACUGUCUGCCUGUAACAGUGUGUGUGUGUGUGUGUGUGUGUGUGUGUGUGUGUGUGUGUAACGGUCUGCCUGUAAUUGUGUGUGUGUGUAUGUAACUGUCUGUCUGUAACUGUGUGUGUGUGCGUAACUGUCUACCUGUAACUGUGUGUGUGUAUGGCUGUAACUAUGUGUAUGACUGUCUGCCUGUGACUGUAUAUGUGACUAUCUGCCAGGAACAGUGUGCGUGACUGUGUGUAACUGCUUGUAACUGACUGUGUGUGUGUAACUCUCUAUCUCUCUACCUGUAACUGUGUGUAUGACUGCCUGUGACUAUACGUGUGAUUGUCUGCAUGUGACUGUGUGCGUGUGACUGUCUGCUUGUACCUGUGUGUGACUGUCUGCCUGUAACUGUGUGUGAGGGAGUGCAGGAAUUUUGUAGAAGGGGGCAGGGGUUUGAAAAAAAAAAAAAAAUUUGUUCAAUACAUUUUUUUUAAAAUGUAAAAAAAAGAACAAAUUUUAAAAACUUAGUUGGGUGUUUUUUUUUGGAGAUGGGGUGCCAAACCCAGGACCCGCCCCGGGUGCCACAUGCUCUAGGUACGCCCCUGUAUAUAUAUAUAUAUAUAUAUAUAUUUAUGUAUAUAUAUAUAUAUAUACAAUUCCAGCAUCCUUUGUAGGUUAUUUAGGAAGUACCUUUUAUUUUCUUAUUUUUUUCAAACCAGGUAGUUGUAGAACCAAAGCAUAUCUUUGUAUUAAAGCUAUUAAACAUCUAACAUCAUGAAACAGAUCUAAGAUGGCACAUAAUGUGGCGAAAUAACAGGUAAUCAUGGACGCUUUAUGUAUUAUUUUUACAGGUGGUCAGUUUCGUCAGCCUGCGGUAUGACAGCGCCCCCCCAUGGAUGGUGCUCUGUGUGCUGUGGUGCUCAAUGGCACAGACUCUCCUUCUCCCAUCUUUCAUCUGGUCCUGUGCCCGAUAUCGUGCAGACCUGCGCACUGUGUGGGAACACUGUGCCUCCAUGCUGUCUGACAGUGGAGGAGACGAUGGUAAGUGGGCAAUAAGGGGUACUCUGAAAGACGCACUUGGAGGGGCAGAGGGAAAUGACAAGCAAGGAAUGAAGAGGUCACAAAGAGACAGAUAAAGGGGCAAGGGGGAGAAGAUAAAAGUAUUAGGAUGUUUUGGUUAAUAUAAGAUAAUAUUUAUUAAUCUUGGUAACAAAUGAAAAAGAGACAAGUAUCCACUUGGGUUCUGAGAGCUUAGAUUACUGUGAGCAGAAAGUGGAUGGUAAGAGGAACCCCAGGAAUUUGUAGAGAAUAGUUGGCUUUGUUACUUGGCCAAACCAUUUUUCACAAGAAUAGGAUGUUGAAAAAGCUAAGAUAAUAAGUACAUGCCCAAAAAGAUUUUUAAUUUUUUUAACUAUGAACAAAAUUUUGUUGUAAAUCUACUUUAAUUUAUCAUAAAACCUGUAUCUACAUUUAGGUUGUUUUUUUUGUUGUUAAAUAUUUACUCAAUCUCACCCUUAAACUACCAAUAUCCCACGGUUAUUUUCUGUCUAGAUCCAAAUUAAAUGUACUCUAAUUAAUAUGCCGCAUUGUCCUGUGUCUUAACAAGAACUGAGAAGUCCAAGGAUUAUACUCUUGAUCUGUUCUUGACAAGCCCAGUCAUGAGAGGAGUACAGCCAUCAAGUUUAUACAGGUGUUAGGAUUUGAAGAAUACCAAACACUCCAAACUUAAGUUAACACUAAAAGAUAAUCUGAAUAUUAAAGCAUAUUAACGGACCUUAGAAUAGCUGAAUUUAAAGCUAAUAUAUAGAAUAGUACAGAACAGGCCCAGGUCAGGGAGACAAAGAGUAUUUAAAUGGUAGUUAAGACAAGCCAGAUAUCAAAGAAUACAGAAGAAAGAAUAGUCAAGGUACAAACUGGGAACAAAAUACUAUAGAAUCAAAAAAUAUUACUAGCUCUCAGAAUCACAAAGUAAAAGACGACAGGGCACAGAGAAAUAAUCAAAAUAAGCUUAUAUAGCUCAGGAGGGCAGUUAUUGGUCAGUGGCUGUCAUGCUACCCCAGAAGUGUGAUGACGCACUCAUUUUCGCGUCAGUUAAAUAACCUGUGAAGGCAGAGUCAUAUAAGGGCCCUGAUUUACAGUGACCAGCGUCAUACUGAAUGCUGGAGGAAACCGAGGACAAAUGAGACAGAGGAAAAGCAGCAUAGGCGGCAUGCGAAACAGCCACGCUGGGACGUGCCAUACCAGAGCACGAGCCAGUGAGUAUCAUGACAAUAAGGUUACAUAGGGUUGUUACAUUGUGCCUCUAUACACCGAUCCCACAGUUGUUCUACAACCAUCCCUAAAGACUAUAGAUAUUCCAUAGUCUCUAAACACGAAUCCUUUUACAUUCAUUUCUGCUGGAAUAUAAUUCUUGGACAUGUAUGUAACUUUCUCCCUUUUCUUCACUAAUUUAACUUGAUCCACAAAUACCUGUUGACAGAUUUAAUUCUUCUCUUUGUUACUCAUCAUAUCUUUACAGACAGUGGUCGGGAGGACUUUGCAGACGGACGUUUGUGUGAGGUUAGAUUUGAUUCUAAUGGAGCCUCAUUAAAGAGACCCCCACACUACAUUGGGGGGGAGUUGAGGGACGGAAAGUUCUUGCCAGCCCGACAUGUUCUGCUGCCCACGGACCGGAGCCAGUACCUACAGGUUCAUCGGCAUCAGGUGAGGCGAGUCCACCAAUGUACCUCAGAUGACCAGCAGUGGAUGAAGUUGUGUGCCCACUAGGUCAAAGAGGGAAGUGUUAGGGGGUGUAGAGAUUUGGUAAAUAUUUCACAUUCCAAUAACUGGCAUCUGAUCUCAGUCAUAUUGACAUUUUAAUUUCCUUUAAAUGCGCUGAAUUUCAAUAUAUCUAAAAAUUCUGUGAUCUGGUAACCAAGUUACAUUGGGUUCCCAAUCUUCUAAUCUGAUAUAUUGAUUCAUAAAUUUGAAUGGGUAGUUGUCUGAACAAUAUAUAGUAUUGAGCAGAACCUAGUUAGAAAUAAAAACUAUUUAGAAGUGAUGUCCCGAACUGUUUGCCGAACGGUUCGCGAACGGUUCGCCACGAACGCUUCGCCGCGGACUCAUCAUUGAGUAAACUUUGACCCUGUACCUCACAGUCAGCAGACACAUUCCAGCCAAUCAGCAGCAGACCCUCCCACCUACUGGACAGCUCACUAAGAAUGCAGCUUCACAAUGGAUGCUGUCCAAGAGUUGGGAGGGAGGGUCUGCUGCUGAUUGGCUGGAAUGUGUCUGCUGACUGUGAGGUAGAGGGUCAAAGUUUACUCAAUGAUGAGUCUGUGGCGAACCAUUCGUGGCGAACCGUUCGCGAACCGUUCAGCGAACAGUUCGGGACAUCACUAUUUAGAACCAUAUUUUAAAAUUAAAAAUAACACGAACAUAUAUCGACCCUAUGUGAUAUUUCUUACCAACAUCUAUAUCCUCCUCCAACUGUAGUAAAUUUUUGGUUUGAGGGUAAAUAUUUUAUUUAUGUCGUAUACGUGGUCAAGUAUUUUUCGGCAUACAUUUUGUGGCUGGGAAUGUGCUAAACAUACAUUUACUCAGGGCCGGCCUUAGGCAAUUAGGCGCCCUGUGCAAAAAGUCUUCACGGCGCCCCCCCCACCUCCCACCAAGUUGCCUGAAUACAGUAACACACACAGGCACCGGGGACGUGUGUAUCACGAGGCAAACAAGGCAUCUGCCUUGGGCGCCACUUUGCAGGGGGCGGCAAAAAAAAGCAUCCCUCCAAACCCCAGGCAGAUCCCUUGCUUGCCUCGCAUCCUGGGGGGCUCAAGAGCUGACCGGCUGGCCACUUUUGAGCCCCCCCAAGGCUGGCAGCGGGCAGCGAAGGAGCAUACUCACCUGAGCUCUUCCUGCUCAGCUUCCUCUGCGCCGCUUAAUGAAGCCGGGAGCCAGAAUAUGACGUCAGUCCGGCUCCCGGCAUCACUAAGCGCUGCUUACUCAGCCUGUGCGCCCCCUGCCUGCCUGCCCAGCAGCCACACUGGACUGCUGGUAAGAAAUCCACUCCAGCUUUCCCAGGGAGGCUGGGUGGAUUUAAAAUAAAUGUAAAAAUAUUAGUUUGUGAGUGUUAGUGGAAAUGUCUGUGUGUGUGUCUGUGAGUGUUUAUUUUGAAGUGAAUGUGUGUGUGUGUGUGUGUCUGUAAGUGUGUAAUUGUGUGUGUCUGUAAGUGAAUGUGUGUGUGUCUGUGAGUGAAUGUGUGUGUUGGUCAGUGAGUGUAUAUGUGUCAGUCAGUGAGUGUAUAUGUGUCAGUCAGUGAGUGUGUAUGUGUCAGUCAGUGAGUGUGUAUGUGUCGUCAGUGAGUGUGUAUGUGUCGUCAGUGAGUGUGCGUCUGUCAGUGAGUGAGCGUCUGUCAGUCAAAGUGCGGCCUUGACAGGAAGGGGUGGGGGAAAUUUAAACUCGGUUACAGGCAUGUACACACACACUCAGUUAAAGGCAGUCACACAUACAGGCACAGGCACAAACAAUGGCUACAGCGACACACACAGACAGACAGUCACAUAGGCAGUCACACACACAGACAGACACACAGUAACACACACAUAGACAGUUAUACACACACAGGCAGGCAGUCACACAGAUAGAAAGUCACACACACAGGCAGGCAGUCACACACAGACAGAUAGUUACAGACAGACACACACAGGCAGGCAGGCAGUCACAUACAGGCAGUCACACACACAGGCAGUCACACACACAGACAGACAGUCACACACACAGACAGUCACACAGACAGACAGUCUCACACACACAGGCAGUCACACACAUGGGCAGUCACACACAUGGGCAGUCACACAGACAGACAGUCACACAGACAGACAGUCACACACACAGGCAGUCACAUACAUGGGCAGUCACACAGACAGACAGUCACACACACAGACAGUCACACACAGGCAGGCAGUCACACACAGAGACAGUCACACACACACACACAGAGACAGACAGUCACACACACACACACACACACAAGGACAGGCAGUCACACAGACAGACAGUCACACACACACACACACACACACACAGACAGACAGUCACACAAACAGGCAAACAGUCACACACACACACUUACCUCUUUCCAGUGGAUGCAGUUGGCUGAUGGGGAAGCAUCUUUCCCUCUUCCUGUACAGCAGGGGCUUCGGGAGGUAUUAGCCCGUCUCCGCCUCUCGAUAAGCCCCGCCUCCGCCGCUCGGUAAACCCCGCCCCCUCUGCCGCGAUUUUUUUUUUUUUAAAUAGACCUGGGUGGAGAACAAUUAAUCCUCCAGCCAGGUACCUCUUUUAGCUCCCCUGCACUCCGGCCAUGAGUGAGCUGUGUCGGCCACAGGGCGCCCCCUGUUCCAUGGCGCCCUGUGCGGUCGCACAGCUCGCACACCCCUAAGGCCGGCCCUGCAUUUACUGUACAUGUGCAUUUUGUUUAGAUUUUGUGCACUGUGCAUUUUGAUUAGAUUUUGUAUGUAAAAACAUACUUAUACAUAUUUAGUGAUCACGGGAUGAAUGCCAAGGGGUUAAAAGUAUCAUCUAUACUAAUGCUCGGUCACUAUGUAUAACACUCAUCCCAAAGCCAAGAUUGCUUUAAAGGAGGGUGUAGGAUUAUUCAUAGCCCCCUCCCCUCCUCCCUUGCUCCUCUUACAUAGGAACACAACUCAAAAAGAAAAAACUCAAAUUCAUCAAGUUCAUACUAUUGCAUAUUCCUGUUGCUGCUAUUUUUUUUUUAAAUAAGGUAGAAACAAAUCAAAACAAAUCCUUAUUAAUUUCAAAUCAUCAGUGUGGUUUCUCCUCCGACCAACACGUUAUUAAUAAAUAGUAAAUUUUCCUAUUAAUCUUGUUGAUAAAUAAUAAUAUAUAUUUUUAAGAAUUUGUUUUACUUUAUGUUUCCUCCAGCUAAUAUCUCUUUCUGCUGUGGUACGUGAUAUUUCUUUCCCUAAAAUGUUAAUUUAGAACCUCUUGCACAUUCCUGUUAAUGAAUAAGUCACCAGAGAGACCUCCAUUGACACUAUAUGAAUUUGUAUUAUGUUAUCAUAUUGCGUCAAAGAAGCACCCUUUGAUGUUAAAAAAAAAAUGUUGUAGGUUUCCUUUAGAAGCAAAAUCUUCCAUUCCCUUUGUUAUUUUUUUAGUCUGCCUCUUCACUUUUCCAUUUCCAUUAAGUCCUUCUUGAAAACUAAUGCCCAACUACACCUUAUACCAAAUAAUUAAAUAUGAUAUUUUCAUCAGAUGAAUAAUCAUUGUAUGUAUAAUGGUGUCCUGCUGGCUUCUGCAGCCUCUGAGUGACAUUUCCCUUUGUUGCCUUACCUAUUGUCUCCAUUUACUCCCAAGCCAUUAUCAUUUUACUCCCAAGCCAUCCUAGAGUGUAAAGCGUGUUCAUAUUUGGUACCUAACUUAAUAGCACAGCCUUUAACUACAUUUCACAUGGCACAUGUCUGAUCACAUUAGCUGUGUGUAGGAGAUUAGCUGUGUACUAGUGUUUAGAAAGGUUUUAGGAUUUCCAUUCUUUUAUUAGGUGUUUGAUGGAGCUACCUGUGUUUACCUGGGUUUUGUGUAGCUGUGUUUUAUGUGUUAGUUGUGUCUAUAUUUUGGGAUUUACCUAUUUUCUAGUGUUAUUUGAAAGUGUUACUUGUAUAAUACAGUUAAAUGUAUUUUAGUUGUUGGUGGGGUUUUCCUGUGUUUCUGUUUGUAGCUCUGUUUUUUUUUUUCAUCAUUGGUGGGUAAGGUGAUAAGCCACAAACACUAAGAGAAGAUCAAAUUAAUACUUUGAGAAUGCAAAGGAGCAGAGUGUGUUGGUGGAAGUUAAUAUGAUAAUAUUCUCUAUUCCGUGAUAGGUGUAGGUUGAGUAAAUAGCUGUAUGUUAUAAUAAAGAAUUAAAAUGUGGAACCUGCGAUUAUGUGGCAUUUGUAUAGCAAUUACUCUUAUACGUACGUUCUGUUGUGUUUGAAGCUUAUCAAUCUAAUCAGCAGCAAUAGAUGUCUAUAAUGUUAGGGUAGAAAGAGAUGCAAAAAAUUGACCUAUAGUCUAUACGUCUAUACGUAACCACGAUGCAUUCUCUAUACAGGUUCCAUUAUCCCGGCGGAUGUCACAUGAUGAGAUUGACAUGUUUCCAGCUCGUUCUUCUCCGCUCCUGCUCAGGUGGUCUUCCUCAGAUGAUGUUCGAGGGGGGAAUGGAUCGAGCCGGGGUGGUAGUCCCUCUAGCCCCCGUCGUGGUUAUGAUGUACAGCCCUGGAGUCGCCACCCUCCCUCUCGUAGAGAGGGUGAGGAUGGACUUACUUCCCUGCAGCAGUUUUUGGCCGGUGGUCUAGGUGGCCCAGCAGGAUUUGGUGGGGGAAUGCAUAAUUCUUUCUUCCGGGAUGAAAUAACAGCAUUUAUUGAUGAUACCCCCUGCCCCUCACCUAUUGGGACACCCCACAGAGUUCGGGCAGCACCACGGGCCUCUCCCCUCCCAAGGAGGGGGCUGGAAGGGGGGGUGGCAUGGGGAGCUUCAGGUGAGAGACGUCUAUCCCUUUGUAGUGCUCCACAUGGAGUCCCAGAAUCACGUAGAGCCUCACUCUCUGAAAAGGGUUCUAGAGGUCGCCCUUAA